AUGGUGGACUCAAAGUUCUUCCAGCCUAUCAAAGUAGGCAAUCUCAAUCUCAGCCACCGCAUCGUACUGGCACCCAUGACCCGUUACAGGUCAAGGGAGAAAAGCCAUAUUCCAUAUGUCUCGAUAAUGAAGGAGUAUUACGCUCAGCAAGGCAGUGACCCGGGAACACUUCUCAUCACCGAGGCGACCCAGAUAACCGACGCUGUGCACGCCGAAGGGAGCUUCAUAUUCUGGCAACUUUGGGCAUUAGGACGUACGGCUGACUACACCGACCUCAAGGAGGAAAAUCCUUCCCUCGACAUUGUUGCACCCUCCGCCAUCAAGCUUACCGACUCCUUGGAAACGCCACGCCCACUCACCCUCGAUGAAAUCAAAGAGUACCUCAGCUCUUCGCGCGCGCAGCCUUUGACGCUAUACACAAAGCAGGCUUCGACGGUGUUGAAACUUGAGAUACAUGGUGCGAAUGGAUAUCUCAUCGACCAGUUCCUGCAGGACUUGUCUAACCAGCGUACGGACGAGUACGGAGGGAGCAUUCAGAACCUUGUUCAGUUUGGGCUCAGUCCUUGGGGUACCGCGCAGGAUAUGGGCAUGCAGGACCCUGUACCCACGUUCUCAUACUUCGUGUCCGAGGUUAAGAAGAGGCAUCCCGACCUUGCUUAUUUACAUGUCGUGGAGCCAAGGAUCGCUGUUGACAGAUCGACUCCAUCGGAGUCGAAUGACUUCAUCCGUCGUAUAUGGGCACCGAGGCCGCUCAUCUCGGCAGGAGGAUAUACUCGAGAGAGCGCAAUGCAGACGGCUGAUAGGAAGGGCGAUAUCAUCGCAUUUGGAAGGUAUUUCAUUUCGAAUCCUGAUCUUACUGUGAGACUAAAGGACAACGCACCAUUCAUGCCGUAUGACAGAUCGACUUUUUACCUACAUGGGGAGGUCGCCGAAGGGUAUAUUGACUACCCUUUUGCUUCAGAAUUGUAG